CUGAAGAGAGGGAAUUGGCCAGGGAUCUCUAUAGUCUCUUCCCGAGGAACAGCAACGAGACACGAGACUCGAGCGGGAUGUGAUAAAUACUACACCUUUCAUAUCAAGCCAUACUUUAUUAAUAUCACAGGAUUAUACUUUUAAAGCGCUUGAACUGGAGUUUAAAGCGUUUUCAGGAUGCCGCUUUUGGAUUCUCGCACGACGUUCAUCCCCAACAGGGAUUUUUACCUGACUUGAGAAGACGUUGGUUACAUGACAUCAUACUAGCUGGAUACUCUUCCCAAGGUUACUCUUCUGGAUAUAACUUCCCAAGUCCACCAGCAUCCCCCUGUGGCCCCGUGGUGGAUAACACAUUGGAUUUAAACUUUACCAAGCCGGUGUGAACCAUGGAUGACCUCAUAGCCAGACACUACAACUUCACAGGGAAAUUUCGUAAGGUCGUCGACGACCGUGGACUCAAAGCCGACUCUGUAGUUUUCAUCAUCGUGUGCUGCUUCAUCAUUCUGGAAAACGUUCUGGUUCUCCUCACCAUAUGGAGGACCAAGAAGUUUCACAAGCCCAUGUACUACUUCAUUGGGAACUUGGCUUUGUCGGAUUUGUUGGCCGGAGUGGUUUACACUGCAAACAUCUUGUUGUCCGGAGCCAACACUUAUAAACUGACCCCGACUCAGUGGUUUUUCAGAGAAGGGAGUAUGUUUGUGGCUCUUGCUGCUUCUGUGUUCAGUCUAUUUGCCAUCGCUAUCGAGCGACACCUGACCAUGCUGAAGAUGAAACUUCACAAUAAUGGCAAAACGUGCCGGGUGUUUAUGCUCAUCAGCACCGUGUGGUUCAUCGCUGCCAUUUUGGGCGGCUUGCCCGUCAUGGGUUGGAAUUGCAUUGAGAGCAUGAACAACUGCUCGACAGUUUUGCCUCUCUACCACAAGGCCUACAUCCUCUUCUGCACCACCGUAUUCAGCGUCAUCCUCAUGGCCAUCGUCAUCUUGUACGCCCGCAUCUACGCCCUGGUUCGCACCCGGAGCCGUAAGCUGGUCUUCCGCAAGGUCCCCAAUGGCCGCGGCUGCAACAAGAGCUCUGAGAAGUCCAUGGCACUUUUGAAGACCGUCAUCAUCGUGCUGAGCUGUUUCAUAGCGUGUUGGGCGCCACUCUUCAUCUUGUUGCUCCUCGACGUGGCCUGCCAGAUCCGUGCCUGCCCGAUCCUUUACAAGGCCGAGUGGUUCCUGGCCUUAGCCGUGCUUAACUCCGCAAUGAACCCUCUCAUCUACACCCUGACCAGCAACGAGAUGCGCAGGGCCUUCAUCAAAAUGCUCCACUGCGGGAUCUGCAGCCAGCCCGCCGGCAAGUUUUCAAGGCCCAUCAUGGGUGCCGAGUUUAGCCGGAGCAAGUCUGACAACUCCUCCCACCCGAAUAAGGACGAACCGGAAUAUUCGCCAAGGGAAACCAUAGUGUCCACCGGGAAUAUCACUUCUUCUUCAUAAAAAGUGCACUAUUGACUUCAUGCUUAGCAAAAGUGUGUGUUAGUUGUUUCUGGUUUCCAUAGGCCAGAAAUGGGAGAAAUCAGGAUUCGUUGCAGCUCGCAAUGUGGAAAGACUUUAAGACUUUGCUUCCUGUUAUUCCUGAUGGACCAUCAGCGUGGAAAUGUUUGUGCCCUUCAGUAUCCGAACAAGCUAGGAAAGCACUUAACCAAUAAUGAUUCAGUGUUGUUUGUCCAUUAUUAUCCCUGUCAAACAGAAACAACGAGAACCCUUUAAAGUAGCACUUUUUGGGGAAAGUGCUCCUUGAGAAACCAACAUACACAUUACUGACUUUCUUACAAAUGGACUACAAAUGUGGAAAAAUACUAGUUUGUCAUGGUCGUCUUGUACAUUAUCGAAAUUAAAUUAAAGAAAUACAGGUACUCGUGUUUCUUUGACUUAACACUACGGUAUUAGGAUUUUAUUUUGUCCCUGAUGGAGAAUGUAUUUUGUAAAUGUAUUUGUCUUUCAAUGUUUAGCUGUCAAUAUUAAUUUAUCUUCGAAACAUUACAGAUCGGUUUGAAUCUUGGAGAGGUAUGAAGGAAAUUGUGUCUGCUAAUUGUAAAUAUAUUGUAAUUAUUUCACUUUGAUAGCGUGCCAUGUAUUAUAGCUUAUACAUUAAAGUACUCUGCCGCCAACUGGGGGCAGUUUUGUUUCUGCGGUGUAGCAUGAUGGCUCAAAUCUAUUGAAAUUAAUGUUAAUGGAUCUUGCAAAACAACUUGUGAAUAUACUACAAUGCAUAAUGCAAAUGAAAAUAUAACAGAAUGCUGAUCUUUAGAAAUACAAUCCAAUCAUGAGCCAAUUUUGUACUUAUUUACUGUUGCACAUUGUAACAUCUAGUCUGUGUUUUCGUUGUGUUAGUUGUUAAUAAAUAUGAUAAAAGUGAUCAAACUUGU